AUGAUUUUGUUCCGUCCCCCACCAAGAGGUUCAGGUGCUGAAAGGGAUGCCCGAGUCAGGGAUGCCGAAGGAAGGGUAUCGUAUCGGGGAGAAAAGGAGCCUUUCUUUAGGCCACUCCAUUCCCAGCUGAUAGCAAAGCCAUCAAUGUUGAACAAAGCCCAACCUUAUGGAGCAAGGAAGAAGGAGGGAAAACGAUUACUGCCAAGCGGUAGGGGGUCGGGAAGAGAUCCAAUUCGGCCUGGUUCACCGGCAUAUGAGAUAAAGGAAGGAGUGCCACCAAUAGAAGAUGGCGGGAAGAGAAGCAAUUGA